CACCCUCCUGCCGGGCAUAAAUAGAGCCCCGAGGCGGACGAGUUGGAUGGCACCGGAGAAGGGCAUUUCUCUCCCAUGGCAGGCCGGGCUGGCUAGGCUAGAGGGCAGGGGGUCCAAUCCAGCCUCCCCUGUGAAUGACGCCCCCCAACCCGUGCCUCAUUCCCGCCUGUCUGGCUGUAUGUCUCCGGGGGCUCCGUGACUUUAGCGGAAGGGAGAGACGGCCGCCCGGCCGCCCCACUUGCACCUGAAGCAGGAACACCUGGCGGCGGGAAGGAAGCCAGCCGCCUGUCCCUGAGCUUCUCUUCGGGCGCCCUCAUGGACGUGCUGGGCCACAUGGAGAUCGCCGAGGGCUCGCUCUGCUCCCUGUCGGCCGCCGACGACUUUUACGACGACCCCUGCUUCAACACUUCCGACAUGCACUUCUUCGAGGACUUGGACCCGCGGCUGGUGCACGUGGGAGGCCUGCUGAAGGGCGACGAGCACGGCCACCACCACGGCCACGAGGACGAGCACAUCCGCGCGCCCAGCGGGCACCACCAGGCCGGCCGCUGCCUGCUGUGGGCCUGCAAGGCCUGCAAGCGGAAGACCACCAACGCCGACCGCCGCAAGGCCGCCACCAUGCGCGAGAGGCGGCGGCUCAGCAAGGUCAACGAGGCCUUCGAGACGCUCAAGCGCUGCACCUCCACCAACCCCAACCAGCGCUUGCCCAAGGUGGAGAUCCUGCGCAACGCCAUCCGCUACAUCGAGAGCCUGCAGGCGCUGCUGCGGGAGCAGGAGGACACCUAUUACCCGCCACUGGAGCACUACAGCGGCGAAUCCGAUGCCUCCAGCCCCCGCUCCAACUGCUCCGACGGCAUGCUGGAAUACAGUGGACCUCCCUGCAGCUCCCGCAGAAGGAAUAGCUAUGACAGCAGUUACUACACAGAAACGCUAACUGAUUCACUGAUCUCCUUGUCCUUAGAUGCAAAGCAGGGGAAGAGUUCAGUUGUUUCCAGCCUAGAUUGCUUAUCAAGCAUUGUGGAGAGGAUUUCUACAGACACCUGUCCCACCUUGCCCCCAGUUGAAAGUGGAACCGAGGGGAGCCCUUGCUCACUCCAAGACGGGGCCAGCCUGAGCGACACUGGAACCCAAAUUCCUUCCCCGACUAGCUGUCCUCAGCUUUCUCAAGACACUGCAAGCAAUAGUGCCAACAAUCCAAUCUACCAAGUGCUAUAAAGCUGCAGUAAACACCAGUUGUGACAUUGGCUUUGAGGCAGCCACCAAAUCAACUGAAACCUGCCUUUGAAAGACUGAAAAAAAGACAAUAUAGUGUUCUUUUAACCACUUUUAAAAUGUAUCUAAUAAUUCCUAAUUUCAGGCUUGUAUUACUUUUAAAUACAUUUAUUUAUUGGUUAUAAACAAAAACUAUUUAAUUUGUAUAGAGGGCAAAAAUGUGUACCAUGAAAUGGCCAAUGUUUAAUCGUGCUUGAAAAAAGAGAAACUUUGUUCUUAAGGGUCUCCUGAGAUCCUUUGAAAAUAAACUUAAAUAUAGUCUUUCAUUGGAAUCCUGCGCACAAAUAGUCUGCUUCAACUCUAUGGACUUCAGCAGUUGAGCAACAUAACUGUUCAGGAUUGCACAUCUUCUUCAAUUCCCCUUAGAAUAAUACACAUCCACAUGCGUAAAAGGUUGUGGACCAUUUUUUAAUACUUAUUUUGUAUACUUGUAAAUAAGAGUUGCUUUGCAAAAAAAAAGACUCCAACAAAACAACAUUUUUAUAUGUAUUUAAUGUUGCUUGGUUUGUUGUGCCAAAACUUUAACUUUAUAUAUUUAUACAAAGUGGAUGCUGAGAAUGUUUGCAACAGUAUUCUAAAUAAAGAUCCUUAUUU